UAUUACUCAUAUAUACAAACUCAUAAUCCUGAGCUCUAAAUUCCUUUAAAACAAGAAGGAAACAUGAAGCUAUUCGCUCUCAUUUUGAGAACUAUUAUCAUAUCGAUAAUAUUUGAUCAAGCACCGAUCACCACUGAAGCAAGAAAGUUGAGGAAAACAACCGGCCAAGAUCAUUUCAAAGCUGGAUCUACAGAUGAGUUUGUGCCUACUUCUCCAGGAAACAGUCCUGGUUUGGGACAUAAAAGAGGUAAUGCAAAUGUUGAAGGGUUCCAAGAUGACAUCAAACCCACGGAAGGAAGAAAAGUUCAAAAAACCAGCGGUCAAGAUCAUUUCAAAACCGGAGUUGCGGACGAUUUCGCACCUACUUCUCCAGGAAACAGUCCCGGGAUAGGGCAUAAGAAAGGACAUGCAAAUGUUAAAGGGGUUGAAGAUAACUUCAAGCCCACGCAAGGAAGAAUGCUGCAGAAAACGAACGGUCAGUCUCAUUUCAAAACCGGAUUGACUGACGAUUUCGCACCUACUUCUCCGGGACACAGUCCUGAAAUGGGCCACAAGAAAGGGAGUGCAAAUGUUGAAGGGCUUAAAGAUAACUUCGAGCCCACGGAAGAAAGAAAAUCGCCAAAAAUGGACGGUCAAGAUCAUUUUAAAACCGGAACUACGGAGGACUUCGCACCUACUACUCCAGGAAACAGUCCCGGUAUGGGUCAUAAGAAAGGAGAUGACUUCAAGCCUACGACACCAGGACAUAGCCCCGGAGUUGGUCAUGCCAUCAAGAACGAUGAGCCUAAAACUUAAUAGCUGCUAGCUUCAUUUAAUACAUUACACUACUAUAUGCAUUUUUGAAAUUAUUUUAUAAUAUAUACACAUUUGUAAUAUUUAAUGAUGGAUUCAUAAUUCCAAAUCAAGAAUAAACUAGGGAUAAUUUUUGUUUCGACCUAUCAAUAAUAAAACUGUUUUGUAAC